AUGGAAGGAAGCGCUACUGUAGAUCAAGAUCGCUUCGACUGCUCAAAGACACAUUCUAAACUUGCCCUUCGUCACUGGGAAAGCUUCGAGCAAUCGGGAGAACGGGGAGAACUCGAAAAAUCUAUAACUCACCAUCGUGCCGCUCUCGAACAUCGUCCCGAAGGACAUCCAGAUCGUUCGGAAUCGUUGUAUAACCUUGCACUUUCUCUUUGGACGCGAUACGAGCGAUGGGGCCAAUUGGAAGAUCUAGAAGAAGCCAUUGAGUUGGAUCGAGCCGCCCUCGAGCUUCGACCCGAAGGCCAUCCUCAUCGCUCUCUCUCUCUCGGCAAUCUUGCAGUCUCUCUAAGAACCAGAUACAACCAGCAGGGGGCAACGAAGGACCUUGAGGAAGCCAUUGAGUUGGACCGAGCCGCCCUCGACCUUCUACCCGAAGGCCAUCCUCAUCGCUCUAUCUCUCUCGGCAAUCUUGCACUCUCUGUUAAAACCCGAUACGACCAGCAAGGAGCGACGAAGGACCUCGAGGAAGCCAUUGAGUUGGAGCGAACCGCCCUUGAGCUUCGACCCGAAGGCCAUCCUCAUCGCUCUAGCUCUCUCGCCAACCUUGCAAGCUCUCUGACAACCCGAUACGACCAGCAGGGAUCAACGAAGGACCUCGAAGAAGCCAUUGAGUUGGAGCGAGCCGCCCUCGAGCUUCGACCCGAAGGCCAUCCUCAUCGCUCUAUCUCUCUCGGCAAUCUUGCAAGCUCUCUAAAAACCCGAUACAAGCUGCAAGGAGCAAUGGACGACCUCGAAGAAGCCAUUGAGUUGGAGCGAGCCGCCCUCGAGCUUCGACCCGAAGGCCAUCCUCAUCGCUCUAUCUCUCUCGGCAAUCUUGCAAACUCUCUGCAAACCCGAUAUGACCAGCAGGGAGCAAUGAAGGACCUCGAAGAAGCCAUUGAGUUGCACCGAGCCGCCCUUGACUUUCGACCCGAAGGCCAUCCUGAUUGCUCUAUCUCUCUCGCCAAUCUUGCAAGCUCUCUGAGAACCCGAUACUACCAGCAGGGAUCAACGAAGGACCUCGAAGAAGCCAUUGAGUUGGAGCGAGCCGCCCUCGAGCUUCGACCCGAAGGCCAUCCUCAUCGCUCUAUCUCUCUCGGCAAUCUUGCACUCUCUGUUAAAACCCGAUACAACCAGCAAGGAGCGACGAAGGACCUCGAGGAAGCCAUUGAGUUGGAGCGAGCCGCCCUCGAGCUUCGACCCGAAGGCCAUCCUCAUCGCUCUAUCUCUCUCGGCAAUCUUGCAAACUCUCUGCAAACCCGAUAUGACCAGCAGGGAGCAAUGAAGGACCUCGAAGAAGCCAUUGAGUUGCACCGAGCCGCCCUCGAGCUUGGACCCGAAGGCCAUCCUCAUCGUUCCUCUUCACUAUUGGGCCUUGCAAACUCCUUAUAUGCUCGGAUCGAGAAUCAAUGGAACACAGAGGAGUUCGAGAAAUGUAUGCAGUUACUGCAACUUGCUGCUACUCAUGAAUUCUCAGGAUUGUCGCACCGCCUUUUUACUGUACAACGAUGGGCAUCGCUUGCACGAUUGCACAACCAUGACUCGGCCUCUCAAGCUUACCGAACAUUCAUAUCCAUACUCCAACAUGCUCUCACCAUACAUCCAACCCUUCGCGAACAGCACGACUUUCUUACCGGGGAAAAUGUUUAUGGCAUGCUGACUUCUGAUGCGGCGUCCUAUGCGAUAGAGAAAAAUGAAUUGGAACAAGCGGUGGAGAUACUAGAGCGUGGAAGGAGCUUACUUUGGUCACAGCUGCGUGGUCUUAGGACUCCAUUGGACCAGCUUGCUGAAACGAACGAAGAACUCGCCGUCAGUUUCAGAGAUGUCAAUCGCCGACUAGAGAACCUCGCAACAUCACACGAAGCGUUAAUGUCUGGCCCAUCCGUGGAUGGAGGCGAAUUACCUAGGUUAGACAGUAAACGAGGCCAGAAAUCGUUCGAUGAACUGUUGAAAUUAAAGAAGCGACUUUCGCAUGAGCAAGAGGGAAUUAUAAACGAGAUUCGACAAGUACCUGGAUUCGAGAGCUUCCUGAAAGCUACGCCCUUCAGAACCCUUCAGCAGGCAGCGUUGGAGGGACCGAUCAUCAUGGUGAACUGUAGCGAAUACCGUUCCGACUCCCUUAUUAUUAACUGUCAUGGUGUUUCAUCCAUAAUCUGUGUUCCGUUGGACGAAGAAUUCUACACAGACAGCAUUGAGCUGUGCGACGAACUCGUGGAUACGCGACAACGGCUCAAAUUAAAUUCGCUGGAAUAUGAGACGAAACUUUGUGAAGCGAUGAAGAUGCUAUGGGAUAGAGUUGUCUCCAAAGUCGUUGGCAAACUGACAGAAAUUGGGAUCGCGAAAGGAUCUCGCAUCUGGUGGUGUCCCACGUCAGUAUUAUCCGCACUCCCGUUCCACGCUGCAGGACCAUUCAAGGAUUCGGAUGGAACUGCAAAAUACUUGUUAGACAAUUAUAUUUCAUCGUAUACUCCGACACUCGGCGCAUUGCUUAGUGCGCGAUCUAAUACAGGCACGAGUGAACCAAAAUUGCUUGUCGUUGGCGAUACUGUUACACUGCGAUCAACUCGACAGGAAAUUCGAAACAUUCGGACCUGCUUGGGCAGUAACAGACCGGGAACUACGAUACUGACUGAUCGCAGAGCGUCUCGUCGAACGGUGAUGAAGAUGCUCCGGAGAGUCACAUGGAUUCAUUUCGCUUGUCAUGGCCACCUUGACCCAAAACCUUUCGACUCUUCGUUCAAGCUCGCCGAUCGCGGAUUGACAUUGCUUGAUAUUAUCCAAUCUAAUGUCCCAAAUGCCGAGUUCGCAUUCCUGUCUGCGUGCCAUACUGCCGAGCUGUCCCAUUCAGGUGUGCACGACGAGGCACUUCAUCUGUCGGCAGCUAUGCAGUUCAGCGGGUUUCGAAGUGUGAUCGGGACGAUGUGGGAGCUAUACGAUGAGGAUGGGCCUCUGUUUGCUCGUGUGGUUUAUGAGUACAUGAAUGAUUGUAAUGAAGGCGAGUUGAGGUAUAAGAGGGCGGCUGGAGGACUUCGGAAGGCGGCAUUAGAGUUGAAAGGAUGGGAAGGGAUUCCGACUGAACGAUGGGUUAAUUUCGUGCAUAUAGGUGCUUGAUCAAUGUUGUUAUAUGCUCUACAAUAUGUAUUACGAGUGACUCUAUCUGUAUAUCAUUUCUUUC